GAGCUCUUCUCUCUGCACCGCUCCCUUCCAUCCCAACUCCGCGUGUUAUUAGAUGGGCGUCAAAGACGAAUGGGAGAGAGGCUGGUCGGAAUUUGAGCGGAGGAAGGAGCUCGGCGCGGGUCGGUCGCCCCGAAAGGCGGACUCUGCGGGUGGCCGGUAAUCGACUCUCCUUCUAUUGUUCAGUUCAAGGCAAUGAAGAAUCAAAAAUAAUUUUGACAAAUGGAUUCCAAUAUGAAAAUAAGAAUAAACUGAACGUUUGACCUGCUUUGAAGAAACAAACUGUCCAUUUGUCUAAAGUAAUCUAUAAAAGUCUAAUCAAAAUGAAUUCAACAUUCUUUUCCCAGGUAGAAAAUCAUUCAAUCUACUAUAAUUUUUCAGAGAAUAAUUCCCAGUAUUCAUCUUUUGAAAAUGAGGAGUGUCCUCUUCCCUUGGCCAUGAUAUUUACCUUAGCUCUUGCUUAUGGAGCUGUGAUCAUUCUUGGGGUCUCUGGAAACCUGGCCUUGAUCAUAAUCAUCUUGAAACAAAAGGAGAUGAGAAAUGUUACCAACAUCUUGAUUGUGAAUCUUUCCUUCUCAGACUUGCUUGUUGCCAUCAUGUGUCUCCCUUUUACAUUUGUCUACACAUUAAUGGACCACUGGAUUUUUGGUGAGGCAAUGUGUAAAUUGAAUCCUUUUGUGCAGUGUGUUUCAAUCACUGUGUCCAUUUUCUCUCUGGUUCUCAUUGCUGUGGAACGACACCAGCUAAUCAUCAACCCACGAGGAUGGAGACCAAAUAAUAAACAUGCUUAUGUAGGCAUUGCUGUCAUUUGGCUCCUUGCCGUGGCCUCUUCUCUACCCUUCCUGAUCUAUCAGGUACUGACCAAUGAACCUUUCCAAGACACAAAACUCAAAGCAUACAAGGGCAAAUACGUGUGUUUGGAUAUAUUUCCAUCAGACUCUCAUAGAUUGUCCUACACCACUCUUCUUUUGGUGCUGCAGUAUUUUGGCCCACUCUGUUUUAUAUUUAUUUGCUACUUCAAGAUCUACAUACGCUUAAAAAGAAGAAACAACAUGAUGGACAAAAUGAGAGAAAACAAGUACAGGUCCAGUGAAACCAAAAGAAUCAACAUUAUGCUGCUGUCUAUUGUGGUAGCAUUUGCAGUCUGCUGGUUGCCCCUGACCAUCUUCAACACUGUGUUUGAUUGGAAUCAUCAGAUCAUUGCCACAUGCAACCAUAAUCUCUUGUUCCUGCUCUGUCACCUCACAGCAAUGAUAUCCACUUGUGUCAACCCCAUAUUUUAUGGAUUUCUAAACAAAAAUUUUCAGAGAGACCUGCAAUUCUUCUUUAACUUUUGUGAUUUCCGGUCUCGGGAUGAUGACUAUGAGACCAUUGCAAUGUCAACCAUGCACACAGAUGUUUCAAAAACUUCUUUGAAACAAGCAAGCCCAGUCGCAUUUAAAAAAAUCAACAGUGAUGAUAAUGAAAAAAUCUGAAAAUAUUUGUAGCAAA